UGCGACACUCCAGCCUGCUCGCUGUGGUCGCGCGGGCGUUAGUGGCGCUCCGGGUUGCAACGUCCUUCCCUCGGGACAUGCCCGGGCGACCGAGCGACGUCUGAAACAUCCGCUCCCGCGUCUGCGUGGGUUUUUUUUUUUUUUUUUUUUUUAAACAAGAGCGAUGGCGACCGGCAACACGGGGUUGUUCGGCGACGACGAGAGCCUCGAAGGUCACCUGGUGACGCUGUUCGAGAAGCUGGAAGCGAUGCGCCAGAGCGCCAAGGGCUGCCGCCGCACGCCGCCUCUUCAGGCCGAGAUGCGGUCGCUGGACUUCUGGCGCGCCGUGUUCUCCGAGUGUCUGGCGGGCUUCUUCUACGUGUUCGUGGCGUGCGGCGCGACCGCAGCCGCCUCCGCCGCCUCCGCCGCCUCCGGCACGCCGCUGCUCACCGCCGCCUGCGCCUCCGGGUUCGCCAUGGCGGCGAUCAUGCAGUGCUUCGGCCACAUCUCAGGAGCACACGCCAACCCGGCGGUGACAGUGGCCAUGCUGAUCACACGAAGUGUGUCCUUGCUGAGGGCCUUCAUGUACGUGGCAGCGCAGUGCGGCGGUGGCAUAGCGGGCGCAGCACUCCUCUAUGGCGUGAUGGCCCAGAGCCCACACACCCCGGUGCUGCAGCUGCCGUCGCAGCUGGGCAGCUGGCAGAUGUUCGCCAUGGAGUUCCUGCUGACCUUCCUGGUGGUGUUCGCCUACCUCGUGUGGACCAACUCCCGCCUCAGGUUUCAGGGCGUGUCGUCCCUCCUCAUUGGCGGCACCUACCUGGCCUGCUCCCUCGUGUCGGCUCCUGCUCUGAAUCCGGCCAGAGCGCUGGGUCCCUCGUUCGUCAUGAACGAGUGGGAUGAUCUAUGGGUUUACUGGUUUGGACCAUUAUCUGGAGGCAUGGUGUCUGGAAUAAUUUUUGAGUUUAUAUUUAACCCUUUAAGAACUUCAAAACAGGCUAAGGAAUCAAUUGAUGGAGAUGCAUCAAGUAUACAUUCCGAUGAAGAACCCUACGAUGAGAUGGAUAAACCUUCGGGUGCCAAGUUCCAAGUGUCGACCUACAAUUCCCUACGUGCGUCCGAGCCUUGCCGACCGCUGUCAAUGAACCACGGUGACAAGUCAAACACCGCGUCUCCUGACGGUGUGACGAAGAACUACUGCACCAACCUGACAGCAGCAUCGGCCCUGUAUUCUGCUUUGCCGUGCCAGCCGGACCCCGUGGAGCCGUUGUACGGUGGCACCAAGUCUCUUUACUCGAAGAGCCCGCUUCCAGCGCGCACCAAUCUCAACCGUUCCCAAUCGGUGUACAGCAAGGUUCCCUCGGCCAUCAGAGACCCCGACGGCCUGCCCCGGCCGGGACCUCUCGUUCCGGCUCAGUCUCUCUACCCGAUGCGCUUCAACCACAACCCAAUUUCAACCACGCAGAACAUACAGAAUCAACAGAUUCAGCGCUCGGAAAGCAUUUACGGAGUUCGUGGGAUUGCCAACUCGGUGAAUCGUGGCCAGACCGGUGGCGUCUACGGCGUCAUACACGGCAACACUGCAGGCAAAGGCAAUGCGGCCAUGAAGUUGGGCUCUGGCAUGGGUUGUGGUUCCGCCUCGACCGCCAAUCGACCGGAAUCCAUGUACGGGGCAGCGACCAGGCGACAGGACUCGGCCGAUUCUUCUUACGGGUCAUAUCACGCUGGAGCUGCUGGAAAUAACUUUGGUCUCCGAACUCUGGGGUCUGGGGGUAGUUACUUGAGCGGAAGCAAGACGUUCAGCGGCACCAGAAAUGAGCAUCUUCACUCCCCGAAAGGCCAUCAUCAGUUGUUGUCUCCAGUGGCAGCAUCUGUCAUCAGUGCUACCAACACAAUUGCUUCCUACCACCACAACCGCUCCCCCAACCCUCAGUACUAAAGAUCAAGAACCAAAGCUCACUGAAUGACAAAUUUGAUUCUCGUGUUCCUCACGCAGCACGCUGCUGUUCUUGAAAAUGCUGUGGCUAUGCAAGGUCAAUAAAGCCCUGUACAUAAUUCCCAAUUUGAAAAAGAGAAUCUACAGUACUGAACUUCCAAGUAAUCAUGUUUGAAAAUGUUUUGUGUGUACUGACAGUUCGUGUAUGUACUACUUAAAUAGGUUUUGCACUCAGUGCUGUGAAUAAACUUUAAACUGGAGAAAAAAAAAUCAAAAAUGACUGUACAAUAAGGACACAAAGUGAGUGUGAACUGCACCUUCUGUGUUAUUUGCUGUAGUCAGCUGUUAAUAUGUUUGUAAUUGAUCAAGCAUUCCUAUGUUUUAAUUUUUAUAAAAUAAGUAAUACAAACAUGUUUUCUUUGUUUGUCAGGCUACCAAGUAUGUUUUUACAAAGAUAAGCUAUAAUAAUUCAAGCUCUAUAUUAAUUUUGUAUGUUUUUUUCAAUAUUCACUAUUAAUGAAAUUUCUGACUGAAUUGAGCAAUCUUAUUAUUGCUUUAUGUUUAUACAUAUUUAAAAUUUUUAUUUAAGUUUUUCUUUGACAGUUAAAAUGUAAGACAUAAAACUGAAAAAACUAUUGAGUAUGUUCAUGUUGAUCAACUUUAAAAAAAAAGGAAAGUUAGUUGGGUAAUGUGCCAAAUUUGAUAAGCGUAUCAAGACUGCUAGAAUACAAUCUUUCACAACAUACCUAGAUUAAUAUAAACAUAGGAAUAUUUAUAUAAUGCUAGUACAGUGACAAAAUUGUAUGUUAAGAAGAUACAUGUCUCAGGAUUUUCUUUCUCAAAUUUUUCUUGGUAUACUUCAUGGACGGAUGAGAUGAUUAGGCCUCAGGAGGAGAUCUAAGACUAAAUACAUUAAAUAAUCAUUCACUUUUGAUAUUAUCGGUACAUCCCAUACGGCACACAAUGUUUUGGAUACUUUUAAGAAAUACAUUACCUUACAGAAAUCAUUAUAUUAUAGUGUUUUUGCAAUGUUAUAGAAAUCUGUUUGAAACUUUUUGUAUAGUAUGGACUAGUUCAAUAGUUACUGGGCUAGGUGGGAACUUCUCUAUGUUAGGUUCUGAAAUUAUUCCUAGCCAGUGCAGAAAAAAGGUUGGAGUACAUAAUUUUGCAAGUUUGCAUAGAAAGAUCACAAGAUGAGAAAAAAUGCUUCGACAUAAUCUUUGAUUACAUUUGGCCAGAUUCAAGUGGCUAGGAAUUUUUUAUGGAUGGGUCAAUUUAUUUCUUUGAUUUCAGGAUCCCAAUGAUUUUCUGGUAAAAUGGGUACUGAAAGUUACUAAUAAAGUCAUUUCUCAUACUCCAAGCAGACAUUUUUUGUAUAAUAUACAGAACGAUUCAAGAAAAAUUUUUCUCGUUUCCUUCUCUGAUCACACAAUUAUUAAAAAAGCUUUUUGUUUAUAUGCCAAAAUCUUUAAUGGUGAAACAUCGAAUCACAAAUAUUUAUGGUGAUUUUUUAUUCUUCGUGAAAUUACAUAGUUGUCUCCUAAACGUAAAGUUUAACAAUUAAUCAAACAUAUUUCCUUGGUUAUUUUCAAAUUAGAUAAUCUACAAAUGAUAGCUUUCACCAGAUCAAUCGUAAUUGUUUGUGUUUCAACCUAAACUGGCGUUCCAUGAGUAUGUAUUGACUCGCUGAAAGAGUGUAACACAUUUAUGUACAAACCUACAGUAUUGUUUACCAAACACUCAGUGGCGAGGCGUGAGGUUUACAUGAGGGAAAGCAACAACUCCGUUCACCCCAAAACACAGUGGUGGGGAGGGGGGGUCCGGGGGCCCUCCCCCGGGAAAAUAUGGAUUUCAAGGUAGUACAAUAGGGUGCUAUUUAAGUAUUUUUCUUAACUGAACAUUGACUAUUCCACAGGUAGAAAAAUUGAAUUUUUUUUAAAUUAUAAACUAUUUUUGAAAAAUAAUAAUGUUUGGCAUACAUUAUUCUGAUAAUAAAAUACCUACUCUACAUUAUUUAUAUACUAAGUGGGAGUGUAGUAUCAUCGAUAUCUGGUACCAAAUAUAUAAACAGACAACACAUGGCAAAGUAAGUAGGCUACUUAAAAUAAAGAGAAGAAGCUCAUAAAAAUGUACUAGAAUAGUAAAAAUUAAAUGUUGGUAUGUUUUGUACCAACACAAAGAAACUAUCUUCAUACGUGAUCAGAAACUCUGUUAACUGGUACGUGGUUAUUCACAGUCACUCCAGCGAGAUUGCAACUCUCGGGCUGGGAUCCCGUAUCCGCCACCCGCGGGACGCGGUCAGUAGCAGUUGGCACUGCUAGGCCGCCUCCCGUACGCCCACAAACCCCCCACGCACUGCCAGCCAACAGCCCGCGAGAGAGAUGCGCGCUCCCCGAGAGACGACCGCUGACUGAAACGCGAUCUCGCCACCUGCCCUGCCGAACUGUAGCGGACAUAGCCGAAGCAGUCGGCGGAAGAAUUCCACCGUCUGCUUCGGCCAUGUUCGCUUGAGUUCGGCAAGAAAGCGCUACCUUCGUAGCUUCUACCUCGUGUUUUUACAGCCAAUCCCCUCCUCGAACCUUUGUACCAUGCCACCCCCCUUCCGAAAGGAAACUACUGCGGCAGCCUUCCUAAAACAGCAUGUUUUGUGUGUCGACGGGUUCUUUUCUUAUAGCACACAGCGCACAGUAUUGGGUCCCAAGAAGAUAAUUUAAAAAAUACAUACACCUAACUGCACGAGCCAAAGUAAAAUACUAUUCUGAAUAAAAUAUUUAUUUAAAAAAUACAUUGUCUGCAAACUGCCUGGGCAAGCACUGCUUGCCUUGCUUGCCCUGACGAGACGCCACUGCAAACACUCGCACUGCUAUUAUCUCAACAGAUGCCAAAUGAUGAGAAAAGAUGUUACUUUUUCUUUGGUUAUUUAAGCAUAUAUUGGUCUAUGCCAUGCUUGUUAUUUUGAAGAACUCGAACGAAUAACCAUUAGUGCACAGUAAACCUUAAAUUCAUGUAAUACUUUUCUUUAAUAAUCUUUGUGUUUAAUUAAGAAUGGAAAUCAUUUGGAAAUCAAUAAUUGAAAUUAAGUAAUCAGCUCUGUAUUGAAUAUCUAUAUAAAUUAGUGCUUGACCCUUCCCAAAUUGUUAUUAUUGGGGUAAAUUUACAUAACGUAACAUUUAGAAAGCACCUUACACAUUCAUAACCUAGGAUUCAUACACAGAAUACCUUGCAUCAAAGGUGACUCUCCAACUGUGCCAUGGAGGUCAGUUGUCUGACUAGAAAUUGGAUAAAGUUCUUAGGAUUGCAUUGAUGUUUCCACCUCAGGAACGCCAUUAUGUCUGUGUUGCUGUGUUUGCAUUGUACCAUAAUAAUUAUGUUGACAAAUUCUCUGGAGUUUUUCCCAUAGAUUCACUAAAUAACUUUUUUAUAUCUCAGUGAAGAAUUGGUCUACAAUUUAAAUUUUAUACAUUUUUUUUACAAUAUUUUAUAAUAAGGUUCUGUUAAGGUACAGGGCAGAUAUUAAAAGAUUUUGCAAUAUUUAUAGAGGGUAACUUUUGAUAAUAUUAUUACAGCUAUAGUAAUCCUUAAAACAAUCUUCAUUUUUAACCCUAAUAAUUUUGUAAGGAAAGAUCAUUUAAGCAGUUAUUUACUCUCAACUUCAGGCAAUACAUUGAGUUAUGUUCAGUAGACGUAUUGCUUUAUCAAAAUUUUAUAAAUAUAUUACGUAUAACUAAAUUUUUUGUGGCUUAAAUCUGAUUUAUCCAAUAAGACUUCUACUGCUUGUUUUUACAUAUAGCCUACGUUCCAACCCCUUCCCCUACAGAGGAGGUAUGGCAAACUCACCACCAAAUUUGAGAAAGUUAAAAGAAAAAUUUUUUAACCCAAAAUUGCCAAUCUUGCUUGUCUGAGCAUGAGAGUUUGUGGGUCGCAUCAAAACUAGUAGCAGAAUUGAAACAAGACAGAGCUAUUGGGAAAGUUUUUAAAUAAGCACGGUCAAAAUAUACUUAUUAUAUCUCUGGUAUAAAUUUUUGACUAGUUAUCCACUGAAUGCUAAACUAAUCCACAAACUCACAAGGUAUUCACUUGAACAAUGUGUACUCAUACUAAAAUUCGCACAUUUCUCAAACAAAUCUAUAAUAGUACUAUCCUCAAAAAAAUUGUAAUUUAUCUUCCCAGUAACCUAUGGCUGGUGUGAAAGUUACUUCAAAACCUAACACCCAUAAUAAACAUAAACUCUUUAGCAAAUAGUAGCUCGGUAAUGACAUAUUUUACAGUUUCUCUUAUUACUAUACAAUAAAUUUGACAUGAUGUUUCUAACACAGUUAAAAAGACAGAAAGAAAACAUGCUUCCCUUAAUGCAACAAAGCAGGCCCACGUCAAUUAUAAAAAACAAUAUAAAUAAUAAUAGUUAUCGAUAAUAUUACUUUUUUCCAUGUAUCAAUGCAACACAGUUGGUGAGAUUAUACACUUAUUUAAUAUUUUUCUUUAGCCAUGUCACUCUAAUAAAUGUUGCACUAAAACAAUCAGUCACCAAAAGAAUAAUUGAAGUUAUAUUUUUUUUUUAUUUUUACCACUUCCACAACUAAACUAGUUUUUUUUUUUUGUUUAACAUCUUGUCAACAUUGAGGUAAUAAUAAGACUACACAGAAAAGGGAUGCUAAUAUAGGAAUUGAAAUUGGCAUGUAGCAAGAAACCAUCCCAGGAGUUACCAGAAUGGUUUUGGGAAAGCAUGGAAAUCCAAAAUCAAGAUGACCAGACCGGGAUUCCAACCCGGAUUGUCUGGAAUAAAAGUCCAGUAUCUUGCUAUUACCUUACUCCGUAACGGAAUUUUUUAUUUCUUAACAUCAAGCAAUUUAUGGACCAUGUUUACACCUCAGAAAAUAACACCAUUACCACUACCAGUUUACGGAUAAGUGAGCAAUUUAUUUCCACAGUAACCAGCUUGAAAGAUUUCAAAUCUUUCAAUUGUAUGAUUAGGGACAGGAUUUUUUUAGUUUUAUUUUUAUAAUUUCAGCGUAUUUAUUAAAAAUAUAUUAGUCAAUAAAUAUGACACUAAAAUAUUUCUUAAUGUGUACUUAUUUCACCAAAAUAGUUUAAUUUUGACUGUGAUGCACAAUGCAUUAAGUCUGUAAGGUAAGAGAAUCAAGACCAACUAUGUAAAAUUAAGUUUUUGCUAUUCAUUUUUUUAUACAUUUUGGUAUGAACUACACGCUGAAUUAAUGACAUUCAUUGAACUCAAUACAUAUUAAAAGAAUAUAUUUUCGUGUUUUCAAUUAAAUUUCGUAAAAUGCUGAUUAAUUUCAUAAUUUCCUGUUGGUGUGAUAUGUUGUACAGCAUUUCAGUGUUACAUGGUUUAUCAAUGUGUUUUUCAGUGUUAUUUCAAUUUUGUUGCAAUCCACCAUAAAAUCUUGUCUCAAUGUAUGAUGUAUUGAAACUUACAUUUCAUUUAGUGGCUCUAUGAUAGGUAAGAGUUUUAUCCCUAUUCUCAAAAGUUUUUGGCCACUAUAUUCUAUAGUAUUAAUGUGUUAAAUUCAUUUGAUGUGUAAAUGUAAUUUAUUGUUGUGUCUAAGCAGAAACUAUAAAAAUUUCUCAGCAGAAUAUAGGUAAUCACAUUAUGUUGUCCAAUGGUGUGUAUAAUUCAGAAUCCAUAGUAAAAUAUGCAACUUGAAAUUUAGUAUGUCAUGUCAUGCAUAUUGCCUAGGUGUGAUGUGAAAGCACCAAUUUGACUAAUGGUUUCUUAGAACUGUCUGUAUUAUGAAAAAAAGAUAUAUUUUGUAUUUUAUUUUAAAAAAUAUUGUCAAGAUUGUGUUUUCACAGAAAUUUUAUAAAUGUAAAUGAACCAUAAAACUGAAAAUUUAGAUAAAAUAUACUUUUAUAAACGUAUACUGACACUGAACAGAAAUAUACAUACUUUUUAGUUGUGUCGUACUGACUACAAAAUUACAAUUUAAAUAAUCCUAUGCGAUUAUUAAAUUUGGAAUACCAAAAAUACUUGUUUUAAAUUUAGUAUGGUUAAAUUCUGUCUAUUACAGUUUAAAAUUAAGUGAUGAAUGUAAGACAUGUUACCUUUUUUAUAAUAAAAUAUAUAAA